CUUACUCUUUUCGUUAAUUUGCAUUUGGAUAAUCCUGAGUUUCUCCGCGCCUUAAAAAUAACCAAAAAAGAAAUAAUUUUUAUUUUUUGCCCAGGCUGAAGUUUUGGUUAACUGAACUCACUCAUCUCUUCUCCUCCGCCAUGCACCUCCACAACCUUCCUCGCUCUCCUCCUUUCUCCUCCGGGAAAGCUAUCUUUCUCCUUGGUCAUCAUGGAAGCAGAUGGAAGAGUAAUUAUAAUGGAUGUGAAUUGGAAACAAGACUCUUCCGCAAUAAUCGUAGAGACAAAGGCGCGAAGAAAUGUUUAGGAGCGUCUAUAUACUGUUCUAGCGAUGUUCCGAAUGGUUCUUCUCUACCUUCUAUUGAGCAAUUGAGUAAUGCUCGAGUUAUAUAUUCCGUUGCUCCAUCCAUGGGCCACAACCAGGAGUCUCAUCCAGAAUCACAUUUUAGAGUUCCUGCAAUUGUGAAAGCUUUGGAAGAAAUGAAACUCACUUCCAAGUUCCGUGGCUCCGAGGUCAUUGAACUUCAACAUUUUGAGCCUGCUUCGACCGAUGACAUUGCAAGUGUGCAUGCAAGAGCCUAUGUUUAUGGGCUUGAAAAGGUUAUGGAUCAAGCUUUGGAGAAGGGCCUUAUUCUCAUUGAAGGUUCUGGACCAACAUAUGCUACUUCCACUACCUUCCAGGAGUCAAUAGUAGCAGCUGGUGCUGGAUUAGCCUUAGUCGACUCAGUGGUUGCAGCUUCAAAGACAACGAAAGAUCCACCUACUGGUUUUGCUUUGAUAAGACCACCUGGGCAUCACGCUGUUCCAAAAGGACCUAUGGGAUUUUGCAUUUUUGGAAAUGUGGCCAUUGCAGCUCGUCAUGCUCAGCGUGUUCAUGGACUGAAGCGCGUGUUUAUAAUUGACUUUGAUGUUCAUCAUGGGAAUGGAACAAAUGAUGCUUUCUAUGAUGAUCCAGACGUAUUUUUCCUCUCCUUCCAUCAAGAUGGAAGCUAUCCAGGUACUGGUAAAUUUGAUGAGGUGGGAUCUGGGGAUGGUGAAGGAACGACACUUAACCUGCCUCUUCCUGGAGGUUCAGGCGAUACCACUAUUAGAACUGUGUUCGAAGAAGUUAUUGUACCUUGUGCUCAAAGAUUUAAGCCAGACAUCAUUCUUGUGUCUGCGGGGUAUGAUGGCCACGUGUUAGAUCCACUAGCUAAUCUUCAACUAACAACAGGAACGUAUUACAUGCUUGCGUCCAGUAUUAAACAACUAGCAAAAGACUUAUGUGGUGGUCGAUGUGUAUUUUUCUUGGAAGGAGGAUAUAAUCUCAAGUCACUUUCAUACUCAGUGGCAGACACAUUUCGUGCUCUUCUUGGGGACAAAAGCUUAGCAUCUGAGUUUGAUAACCCAAACAUUUUGUAUGAAGAGCCAACAAAAAGGGUUAAGCAAGCAAUUCAGAGGAUAAAACACCUUCAUUCCCUGUGAUGUAGAAAAUCAAAACCUUUACAUUAAAAAUAUCAUUUUCUGUGGGUUCCAUCCCAAGUUGAUGUCUAUUUUCCUUGUGAGUGCAUUGUCCCACUUGUCACAUAGUGACAUAGUUGAAUCAAAUCCAUCAUUCAAGAUUGCUGUGGUUCUUGAUUAAGAACUUCACUCUUUCCAUAACACUUUUCAAUAUAACUUUAUUUUGUUGAAUGAUUAUGACAAAUUCUUUAUCUGAAAA